CUGUAAUUCAAGAAAACUUGAGAGAGGUUAGAUCUUUUUUUCCUGUACACGGUGGACAUAAGCUUGCCAAAAUGGUAAAAAUUAUGAAAGCCGGUAAAGUCGUACUGGUCCUCAGUGGCCGGUACGCUGGCCGCAAGGCCAUUGUUGUCAAAAAUUACGAUGAUGGAACUGCAGAAAAACCCUACGGACACGCUUUGAUUGCAGGAAUUGACCGCUAUCCCAGAAAAGUCCAUAAGCGUAUGGGUAAAGGAAAAAUUCACAAGCGAUCCAAAAUAAAGCCAUUCGUCCGCGUUUUAAAUUACAAUCACUUGAUGCCGACCCGAUACACGGUCGACUUACCUUUGGACAAGGUAACACCUAAAGACCUGAAAGAUCCAGUCAAGAGGAAAAAAGUGAGAUUUCAGACUCGUGUAAAAUUCGAGGAAAGGUACAAGAUGGGCAAGAACAAAUGGUUCUUCCAAAAGUUAAGAUUUUAAAUUGGCUUCAUUUACUAUAAAAAAUAAGAGGAAUUCAAUAAAAAAAACUGAUAAAAAUAUA